CCGGAAAAACACAACAUAACUUUAUUCUCACCUGUUUUGCUUGUAUUAAUUUAAGAAAACACUGUUUGUCAUGUUUAGAAAAACAUUAAUAAAUAAAUACAUUUAAAAGAAAGGGGAAAUUGUUAUUACCAAAAGUAGCUAGUAUUCGCUCCGUCUUUUCAUUGGCUGAUAACCCGGAAGUAAUAGAAUGAUAUUUGGGAGGCGCGAAAUAAAAGAGUUUGUUUUCUUCCGAGCUGGACCACCUGAAGGUUUUAAGAAGCUAGUCGUUGUGAAUUUGGUUUCUUUUUAAUUCACUAUGUGUGAGAAGAUUAAGAAGGUGAACAGCUGGCUCAGCUCGGUGUUUGGAGAUCAGCCGGUGCCCCCCUUUGAGGUGAACACCAGGACGGUGGACAUACUGUACCAGCUGGCUCAGUCCAGUGAGGCCCGGUGUAGCGACACAGCUCUCCUGACAGAAGACCUCAGACAGAAAGCAUCAGAGUACCAGGCUGAAGGUGCUCAUCUCCGUGAUGUUCUUCUAGAAGGUGUAGGGCUGUCCUCCUCAAGUUUAUCAAAGCCGGCCUCUGACUACGUGUCUACUCUAGUGGACACUGCCAUGGUGCUGGGAGUCAGAGAUACCUCCCUGGGCAGCUUUAUGCCAGCAGUGAACAAGCUCACCGACAACCUGCUGGAAGAAGAGAAGUCGAACAGGAGACUUGAGAGGGAACUCAGGGCUGUCAGAGAGAGACUUGGUGCUACUCUGGUGCUGCGGAGCAACUUACAAGAGGAUAUCAACAAAACUGUUAAAUCUCAGUCGGUGGAGAGCGCUAAAGCAGAAGAGAGACUGCUCAACAUGGAUUUUGUGACCGCAAAGGCUAAAGAGCUCAGAAGUAGACAGGAGAGGGCAGAGGCUCAAUUCUUAUCCAGGAAUAUGGACAAGUCUAUCACCCACCAGGCUAUUGUUCAACUCUCUGAGGAAGUCACCGUGCUGAAACAAGAAAUAAUCCCCCUGAAACAGAAACUGAAGCCCUACAUGGACUUGAGCCCAAGCCCAUCUCUUGCACAAGUGAAAAUAGAAGAAGCAAAAAGAGAAUUGGCUGCAAUUCAUUCCCAACUUGAGGUGAAUAUGGAUUUCAAGUGAAUAUGUUUGUAAUGAUAAAAUUGUUCUUGUUUUGAGCUGUAAUUUUUGUAUAAUAAAGUAAUAAUUUUGCAAAA